AUGACGUGUGGAGGUGCUAACGAGGACUCGCAGCAUCUGCAGACAGCGACCGAGCGUCUCCGUGCCAGGCGCCGGGGAUACAGACAUGAACUAAGACUUGCCGCCACAAACGACCAGAAGACUGAGCAAAACAGCAGGCCUCCCACGCCGGGCUCUCUGCUGUCCCUGGUGGCGGCCACCAAGUUGCCCCGGCUGCAGAUCCGCGCUGACGGUGCGGUUGUUUGGACUACAUUUCCCAUCAGCCCUUUCGCAGCACCGCGAGAGCUCCGGCGAGACCGCGGAGAAGACCUGCGCUCGGGCGCGACUCCGCCCUCUUUUCGAGAACCGCCGCGUGGCUGGAGUCAUGGCGGCCUCAGCGGUGUCCGAGAAAGGCCGGCAAACUCUUGCCUUUGGCGGCGGCCGUGCUGUGGCAUCUGCGGCAACGGUGAGACGCAGACCUGCAGGUUGAACCUUAAAAGUGACGAAUGGAGCCUUGAAAUUAAAGAUGUUGGCUCUAGACUUGAAAAAAGACCCAUGAAAACCGUCAUCCGAAAGCGGUACAGUCUCAGCCUCAGUUUGAGGCCGAAAAGGAAGCUCCGGAAGAAGACGCUAGCAGCAAUGCCCCGCUGGCUGCCCUGGACCCAAGGCAGAAUUUCCCUUGUGUCUGCAGUGUGAGGCAGAACGGUUUUGCCUGGAGCAAGUGAAACGAUUCCUCUCCUGCUGUUAUUAGUAAGCUUUCUGUUUCCUUCUUACGUGUCCCGAAGCAGCCCCGCAAGCCUGUGAUGGCUGGUUAUCCCUGUCUGAAAGGCUCGACUGAGGGAGAAAAUCUGUUCUGAGGCUUCAGGGUUUGGCGCUGUGCUCUUAAAGGCAGUCGAAGCUUAAUAAGGGCUCAAGUCGAACGGACUCCAGAGGGGAUUGUGCUCACCCUGCUGAGACCCUGGUCCUGGUGCACUGUCCCUCUGCACCUUAAAGACAAGUGUCGCCAUUGCCCUGUCAGGCUCUAGGUCCCCCAGUUAAUGGCUCAGAGGGCACAGGCCAUAAGGGGGGCAGAAAUGGGCAAGUGGCCUGGAUUUGGUUUAUGCUCUUGUUGUGGAAUGAAAAGAGUGCUUGUCACACACAUUUCAAGAAAAUGAAUGGGCUCUUUGAAACAGCCAGGAAUGGCCGACGAAUGCCCGCUGUGGCAGCGAGACUGCUCUGGCACUCUGACCUCUUGCCCCCUCUACCACACCCUGACCUUCAGAAAAGGAGGGGUACCAUGGCACUGGCAGAGCCCUUUGGCUUCCUGGGGCUUUGCCAACACCAGGGAGCUCUCCUGCGGUUGGCGCUCCCAGAGUGGCAUGACUGGCAAGGGGCGGCAGCUUGGGCAGCAGGGGGCUGGGUUGCCCGGCACGUGAGUGAGAGAGUAGCAGAGUGGUGCUGGGCUGGGAUGGUGUCUGGCCUUGUUUGCAUUUAAAUGCCAGGCUUGACGUGGACACAGAUUCUUUCUUUUCUGUUGAAAUUGGGGAGCGUGUGCAGCUCUUAGGUCCAAGGUCACAUAUUUGUUCGGUCAGCAAGGAGGCUAUAUUUGGGGUGAGAUUUAAAGAGCCUGAAAACUGGACCUGUAGCUCAAGGUCUGAAGUAAACCAAAGUGCGAGAGGACGUGUAAGUGGGGACGUCUGCCUGCUGGGGUACGGCUGGCUGCGGAGGGGGCUUGACUGCUCUGUGGGACGCACGGGAACCUUAAGUCUCUCAUCCGGAGGGGGUUCGAUGUGACUGUCCCAGGACUUGAUGGCUGCCCUGUACUGGCCACUGGCCGGACUCUGCUCCCUCAGCCCUGAACCCCAGAAAGGAGCACUGGACCUACAUGCCUGCACCGAAUCAGUCUGAUUGUGCCUUCCACACACGCAGGCCUGAUGAUGGGUUGCUUGGAAUGAGUUCUAGGAUCGCCGUUCUCUAAGUUUUUUCUUUCAAGGGAACCUUCGCUUUUGAGUCAACCUAGUAGGCUGUUGCGUCAGGUGAUUCUUCUUUGGUUUUACAGGUUGUCUCCCUGCGAUGCCAGACGGGAUCAGCCCAGCCCCGGGAGCUCGUUGCUGCCGCCUGUAAAAUACCCUCCCCACCCAAGAGACUCAUUUAAGGGUUUCAGGAGCUGCUGUUGCGGCCCAGUGGGCUAAGAACCUGACAUAGUCUCUGUGAGGGUUCGAGUUUGAUCCCUGGCCUUGCUCAGCGGGUUGGGCAUCCAGUGUUGCCCUCGUCUGUGGUGUAGGUUGUGGGUAAGGCUUGGGUCUGGCGUGGCUGUGGCUGUGGCGUGGGCUGGAGCCUCCAAUUCGACCCUUAGCCUGGGAGCUUCUGUGUGCCGUGGGUGCGACCCUAGACAGAACAUAGAAGAGUUACUUGAACUUCAUCUUUGGGAGUAGUCAGAGACAUUUUGUCUCGGAAGAUCUUGGGCAGUUAGUGAAAUGAGGUAGGACUAAGAACAUUCAGAACAACACAGCUUAGGUGUGUUGAGGUACAGCUCGCGGUGCUGGGACUGCAGCGGUGGUGAAAGGAAGGGAUUGUGAGAUCAGCGUGUUUGGGGGGGGGGCGACUAAAGGGAAAGAGGUGUUUAGCCAGAGAACGCGCUCCAUGGAUUUCCUAUGAAGUCAGUGGUCUUGGGUUUAACUUUGAAACAAAUAAAAAUUUUUAAAAACUGA